AUGGGCAGGCUUCAAAACAGAAAUGUACGAGAUCUAAGAUGGCCGUGUGUUCUUCCCCAGAUCGUCUUCUACGAGGACAAGAACUUCCAGGGCCGCCGCUACGAGUGCGACAGCGACUGCUCAGAUUUCCACACCUACCUGAGCCGCUGCAACUCCAUCCGCGUGGAGAGCGGGGCCUGGGUGGUGUACGAGAGGCCCAACUUCAUGGGCUACCAGUACGUCCUGACCAGGGGGGAGUACCCAGAGUACCAGCGCUGGAUGGGACUCAACGACCGCCUCAGCUCCUGCAAGAUGAUCCACUUUACCAGUGGGACCCUGUACAAGAUGCAGCUCUAUGAGAAGGCAGACUUCGGGGGCCAGGCCUUCGAGGCCACAGAGGACUGCCCCUCCCUCCUGGAGAAGUUCCGCUGGCGGGAGGUCAACUCCUGCAAGGUCUUCGACGGCUGGUGGGUUUUCUACGAGCACCCCAACUACCGCGGGCGCCAGUACUUCCUGGAGAAGGGGGAGUACCGCAAGCCUGGCGACUGGGGUGCCAUCAACCCCACAGUCCAGUCCUUCAGGCGCUUCACUGAAUGAUUCACCCUCCAUCCA